CUCUUUCUCUUUCAACUUGAGACUCCAGCACACGAACCCUGAGACAGUGAAGCGCGCAUUGGCGGCGAUCUCAUGAAGAAACCAAAGCAAACCCAGUUCAGUCCCAACUGGGCUCAACUCCAACAAAAGCUGAACCUGAAUAAUAAUGGCUCCAAGACCAAAAAUUCAGAAGAAGAUACCUUAAAAUCGAUACUUGGGAAACGUAAAGAGAGGCCAGAUGAUGAAUCCAAUGAUUCUCAGAUUAAUCCUCUUAUUCCUGUCAAUGAUGAUGCAAGUCUGACAGAUGCAGUGGCCAUGGAUUGUGAGAUGGUGGGCGUUGGUUCCGGGAACAAAAGUGCCCUUGGAAGAGUAACAUUGGUUAAUAAGUGGGGAAAUGUUAUUUAUGACGAGUUUGUAAAGCCAAUUGAGCGGGUUGUUGAUUUCCGCACUAAAAUUAGUGGCCUAAGACCUCGGGAUCUGAGAAAAGGAAAGGAUUUUUGGACUGUUCAGAAGAAAGUGGCGGAGUUGAUCAAGGGAAGGAUCCUUGUUGGUCAUGCCUUGUCCAAUGACUUUAAGGCAUUAUUAUUAAGUCACCCCAAAAAGGAUAUACGAGAUACCUCUGAGUACCAACCAUUUCUAAACUCAAAUAGUAGAAUAGCAUUACGGCACCUCGCUGCGGAACGUCUUGGUGUGAAGAUCCAAACAGGAGAGCACUGCCCGAUACAAGAUGCCCGUGCUGCUAUGCUGCUUUACCAAAGAAAUAGAAAAGAAUGGGAGAAGAGCAUAAAAGAUCAAUCUCGGAACAAACAGAAGCAAAUGAAACGGAAGCAGAAAAAGAAGCAUAAGAAUGAAAAUGCUUCAGAUUCCAACCACUCUGGAAUUGAAUUGUAGCAUUUUCUACCUUUUAUACUUCAUAAAGUUCUUGUAUGGGGUCCUCUCCUUCAUUGUAUUUCUGAAAUUGAAUUACAACUUCGGUUAAAAGGAAAUGUUUUUGACACUGAUACCAUAACAUCAUUUGCACUCUAAAGUAUACUUGGCAGGAAAAGGCUCAUCUAGUUAGCAAAGUUAUAAUGUACUCGUCCUUAAUUAGGGAUGGCUAGUUCAUCUAUUUAUUUAUA